GCGUGCGCGCUGCGUUGAUACAUUGCCGUUACUAAUAUUCGGAAUCAGAUUUCGAAACCAUAUAUCAUUGGAUAUAGUUUUACAAGUGCAAUGCGGGCCAAUGUUAAUAUACAGUUUCGCAGACGCACAAAAAAUGGUUUUGCGUUGAUAUCCACUCAGUGAAUAUCUGAUACGAAGCAACGUCGGUAUAUAGUUUGGAAAAUAUAUGAUUUCGUAUUGGUCAAAAACCACUAGUAUCCCUCGGUAAUCGCUCGGCUUGAUUCGGCAUCGCUAUAAAAUACGCGAUGCGGAGCAAUAUCGAUAUAUAGUUUCUAAGUUACAUGAUAUCGGAUAUUCGAUAUUGCCACAAUAUAUAGUUUCAAUAACUAUUUGUAACGUCCAUUCCUUUUAGGUGGUAAUAAGUGGUUUGUGAUAGUGAGGUUAUUUUGUUGAUUAUUUUGUUUAAUUUGGGAACUGAAAAGGAUAUAAAGUAUACUUUUGCUGAAUAAAACAUUUUAUGAUUUAUUAAAAAGGUUCGAAACAACGCCCUGAAAAUAUGCAAGCUGAAGAGGUGCAAGAAAUUUUCUUAAAGACUCUCAGAGAAGAGGAGGAUAUAUCUGCAGCCAUUGCUGCUAUCAAAACUCUGUUGACUGUGAUACAAAACUACAAAGUCGUUACAAUAAGAGAGCUGAACAUAAACCUAAAAAAAGCAGUUGAGGCAAUGCGGCACUGUGACCAGCCUGUCACUGCCAUCGCCUCAGGAUGUGAACUCUUCAUGAGGUUUAUCACACUUGCCAAGCUUGAUGACAAGGGUUAUGAAGACUGUGAACAAGUGAUGCUGCAGCGUGGAAGGACUUUCUUAGAGGCACUAUUGGAAGCAAGAGGGAAGGUUGCUAAACAGGCGCUUCCUUUUAUUAGUGACGGAUGUAAAAUUUUAACACACUCUAGGUCGAGAGUUGUUUUACAAGCAAUGUUGGAGGCAGCUAAAGCAAAUAAGAGAUUUGAGGUCUAUGUCACAAUGUCAGCUCCAGAUAAUAGCGGUGUACUAAUGCAUAAGCAGCUGCAAGCGGCCGGCGUGGACUCGACGCAGAUCCUGGACUCAGCCGUGGGGUACAUCAUGGAGCAAGUGGACAUCGUUAUGAUCGGCGCGGAGGGCGUCGCCGAGAGCGGGGGCAUUAUUAACAAGGUCGGCACAUACGGGUUAGCAAUGGCAGCUCUUGAACUGAAGAAACCAGUGUACGUACUAGCAGAAAGCUUCAAGUUUUCCCGUGUAUACCCUCUUAACCAACAGGACAUUCCCGUCGAAUUUAAAUAUCUGUCAAGUGUGAUCAGUUCUGGUAAGGAUUUGUCUAAAGAACACCCGUUGGUGGAUUACACUCCGCCAUCUUAUAUUACACUGUUGUUUACUGAUAUAGGUAUUCUUACGCCGUCAGCUGUUAGUGAUGAAUUAAUCAAUUUGUAUUUGUAAUUUUUGUAAAUUUUAGCAAUAAAUUUAUCUU